CGCGGGACCCUGGCCGACGCCGUCGCCGACCGAAGCUCCAGCACGGCAUCUCCGACAACUGCCAGGCGACCCAUGCGCCUCCCGGUGUACACUUAUUGACCUUGCACCGUCCCAUUCUGUUCCUCGUCCUCCAACGAACAAGGCGUUUUAGUAGCCAGUACUCUGCCCGGCGCGCCGCUGCCAGUUGGCCUGCUCGCAGGUCUCUCCUCCGACCCGUCCCUCGUCCUCGUCAUCGUCUUUCCUCGACUGCCAACUCGUCGCCCUGCUCGCGGUCCACGGCGCGGACCUCCAACGUCGCCAUGUUGGACACGUUCGAGAUCAUCACCACCUCUGGCGUGGUCCUCUGGUCCAGGACAUAUGCACCCGUCAAACUAUCCGUCGUCAACGACUUCAUCGCCGACACCUUCAUCGAGGAGAAGGGUGGCGCCAGCGCCGUCCAGUCCGCGCAGUCCGCAGCUACGAAUGCCCCGUACAAAAAGGACCAGCACACGCUCAAGUGGACCAUGGUGAAGGAACUGGGCAUCAUAUUUGUCGCCGUCUACCGGUCCCUCUUCCACUUGUCCUGGGUCGACAAGCUCGUCGACAACAUCCGCACAAUCUUCGUCUCUCUGUACGGCGAGCAGCUCAAGAAGCCCAACACGACCAUCGUCGAGUGCACAAAAUUCGACGACUACUUCGACCAGCAGCUCCAGGAGCUAGACACGUCGAACGCGGCCGAUCCCGCGGCGCGCCAAGUGGCAGCCACCGCCGUGGGAGAUGCGCCGGCUGCACCAGGUCUUACCUACAGAGGCAGGGCCCUGCAUAGCGACGCACCCGAUGAGCCGUCAAAUGACUCUACUCCGGUAGUCACGCCGAACACAUCGCGACCUUCCACCCCGGGCAGUAGCCAUCUGGUGGUCGGCAAGGCUGGUCCUGUCGCCAAAAUGUCCAGGCGGGCACGGAAAGCCCAAAACAGCGGGUCAGCGGCUGCUUCGUCCGGCGACGAGACGUCGACAAAGCCAAAGAAGAGCGGCAAGGUGCGCCGGGUCUGGGACGCCGACGGCUUCGCGAAUGAGGAGAGCGACGACGUCAAGCUGGACUACUCUGCUCAGCUCAAUCCGUUGAGCGACAACGAGGGCGAGACUGUCGGCCGGUCAAGUGCCGUGGACGCCGUGGAUGCGUCCACAUGGGGGUCGUCAAGCAAGGGCAAGUUCGUACUCAAGGAUCUCGGCGACGAGGUGCACGACAUGCUCGCGUCCGCCGAGGCCAAGAAGGCCGCGGCGAGCGCGCAGCCGGAGGCCAAGGGCGGCCUCCUCGGCUCCGGCGUCAACGCCAUCAGCGGGCUGUUCCGAAACGUCGUCGGCGGCAAAACCCUAACCAAGGAGGAGCUGGACAAGGCCAUGAAGGGCAUGGAGGAGCAUCUGCUGCGGAAAAACGUCGCGCGCGAGGCGGCCGUGAGGUUAUGCGAGGGCGUGCAAAAGGAGCUCGUCGGCGUCAAGACGGGCAGCUUCGAGGGUAUUAACUCGAAGAUACAGACGGCCAUGGAGUCGUCCCUCACCAAGAUGCUCACGCCCACCUCCUCCCUUGACCUGCUCCGCGAAAUCGACGCCGUCACCGCGCCGCCGGCCACCUCCCUCCGCAAGGCCCGCCCCUACGUCAUCUCCAUCGUCGGCGUCAACGGCGUCGGCAAGUCGACCAACCUGUCCAAGAUCUGCUUCUUCCUCCUGCAGAACAAGUACAAGGUCCUCAUCGCCGCCGGCGACACCUUCCGCUCCGGCGCCGUCGAGCAGCUCGCCGUCCACGUCCGCAACCUCAAGGAGCUCACCGCCCGCGAGGGCGGCCAGGUCGAGCUCUACCAAAAGGGCUACGGCAAGGACGCCGCCGCCGUCGCCAAGGACGCCGUCGCGCACGCCGCCCACGAGGGCUUCGACGUUGUCCUCAUCGACACGGCCGGCCGCCGGCACAACGACCAGCGCCUCAUGUCCUCGCUCGAGAAGUUUGCCAAGUUUGCCCAGCCAGACAAGAUCCUCAUGGUCGGCGAGGCCCUCGUCGGCACCGACUCGGUCGCCCAGGCGCGCAACUUCAACGCCGCCUUCGGCUCCGUCCGCUCCCUCGACGGCUUCAUCAUCUCCAAGUGCGACACCGUCGGCGACAUGGUCGGCACCCUCGUCUCCCUCGUCCACGCCACAAACGUCCCCGUACUCUUCGUCGGCGUCGGCCAGCACUACUCGGACCUGCGCAACUUUUCCGUAAGAUGGGCCGUCGAGAAGCUCCUCGGCUCCUCGGGGUGAAUGAAGAUAUAUGAAAAAAGAAGAAAAAUUGGCGGCACGCUCACCCGCCCACACAACUACCUACCUCCCUUUGGACUAGGGCGGAGGAGGAUGGGAGUGUUGUCGUUGUAAUUGCUGUCGUUGCGCGUCUUGUAUACUACUACCUGACCUGCCUACUAGUCAUAAAGCAGUACGCACGCCCUUACCAUAUGGCAUGAGUGGGCAGGCAAUGAUAAAACACCAAAUCACCCAACUCUCGAUGAACUGCCAUGUGUCUGUCCCUCCAACAUGCAUACUCAGUCAGCAGCCUCACUCCGGGUGGAACAGCAUCAGCAGCAGUAGCUACGCAACACAUGGGGGAAAGGGGGAGGGCAAUUAUUACUAUGUACCUCAUACAGCAUUUCUCACAAAAAGGGGGUCUGAUAAAAAAUGAACAAGGCCGGUAUACCCAUACCCGCCCUCCAUGUCCACUUAAAACGGCGCUCUCCAGAGAAUCAAGCGAGCUCUCUCACUCUACCCCGCCCGUUUCUUCCCCUUCCUCUCUUCCGUCAGUCACUCUCUCUCUCUCG